AUGGACCGUCUGCUCAACGUGCAAACGGCGCUCUCGCUCGGCUACGUCGGGUCUAUGGUCGGCGCAGCCCACCUCUCCUCCCUCCGUCUCCUGCCAGCCAACUCCAGCACAAAAACCCGCCUGACGUACCUUUGGCUCGCCUUCGACUGCAUCUGUCACCUUUGCCUCGAGGGUCCAUGGCUCUAUCUUUCCACACAGGGUCGAUCGCCCAAUGCCAGCCCAUCGUUCUUCGGCUAUCUCUGGCGAGAGUAUGCGGCAGCGGACGCACGAUGGGGUACGGGAGACGCAACGUUGGCCUCAAUGGAAUUUGUCACUGUGCUGCUUGCUGGGCCGCUCGCGGGGUACUGCGCGUGGUUGCUGGCGAGAGGCGAUCGGGCGUACCAUUUCUGGGCGGUCGUGCUGAGUACAGGCGAGCUGUACGGCGGGUGGAUGACGUUUGCACCCGAAUGGCUGACCGGAUCUAAAGGACUGGAGACGGGGAACUGGUUGUUGCUCUGGGUAUAUCUGGUGUUCAUGAACGUCGUGUGGGUGGCGAUCCCACUGUGGUUGAUGGUGGACAGCUACGUGGUGAUAGCGCAGAGCUUGCGCGAGGCAAAAGUCAAGGACACAACCGUGGCACCCACUCGACCGCCACCGACGCCGACCAAACGAAGACCAGCGGUGACCAAACGCCCACCGACCGUGGCGAGCAACGUCACCUCAGCACGCGGCAUCUCUGGCUCCGCCUACCUAAUUCUUCUGGCAGUGGUAUUUCUGCACCUCAUGCCGACCACCUCCGCCUCAUCCGUCCCACUUUCAGCACCAACAGCGACGUACGACCCAGACGCGACAACCACACUCUACCCGACCACCGACACGUCGAUCCUCACCACGCUGCGCAACCUCAUCGUCCCGCUGCUCUUACCGCUCUCGCUCGUCGCGUUCACUUUUGCAAUGGGCGCGAUCCAGGUCGCCGACAAGGCGCUGCGCAAGGUGCGCAAAUCCAACCGCACACGUCGACGAAAGCUCCUCGCCUCGCUCAACGUCGACGAGAAGACCAAUGGGUGUCGGACGAUCAUCGGCUUCUUCCAUCCGUACUGCAAUGCGGGCGGUGGCGGAGAGCGGGUGCUCUACGAAGCCAUCUCCUACCAUCUCUCUCGCAAUGAGGAGACGAUCGUAGUAGUGUACACGGGCGACUUUCCCUCCGCUACCAAGGAGGCCAUCCUCGACAAAGCCUCGUCGCGAUUCGGCAUCACUCUUCCCGCGCACCGCAUCGCUAUGCUGCCCCUGACCCGGCGGUGGAUGGUAGAAGACACGGCUUGGACGUCCUUUACGCUCCUCGGUCAGUCGUACGGAUCCAUAUGGUGUGCUUUCGAGGCGCUCUCUGCCCUGAUCCCGGAUGUGUGGGUGGACACGAUGGGGUAUGCGUUCACCUACCCGGUGUGUCGGCUCUUCGCGUGGAACCUGCCGGUGGGAGCGUACGUGCACUACCCGGUCAUCUCGACGGACAUGCUGCGCCGCGUGAGCAAGCGCCAGGCGGGGCAUACGAACGAUGCCGCUACCGCAUCGUCCCUUCUACGGAGCAGCGUCAAGUUGGCAUACUAUCGAUUGUUCGCGCGAGUAUACGCGUGGGCGUUGCGCCGAGCGGAUGUCGUCGUGGGCAACGGCAGUUGGACGACGGCACAUCUGAGACAGUUGAUGGGGAGGAAGGUGGAAAAGGUGUACCCGCCGUGCGAUACGGGCGAGAUGGCCUCCUUCCCACUGCACAAUCGCGACCGUGUGGUGGUGAGCCUGGCGCAGUUCAGACCGGAGAAGGAACACCCUACUCAGCUCUAUGUGCUGAGCGAGCUGGUCAAGUCGCACCCACAGCUGUUCACGGGCGAGGGUGGGGUGAAGCUCGUCAUGAUGGGUAGCAGUCGCAACGCCGCCGAUGAGAAACGCAUUUCGUUGCUCCGCAGUCUUUGCACCCAACUUGGGCUGGACGAGCAUGUGGAGCUGGUGGUCAACGCGGAUUUCUCCGCUGUGCUCGCGCGGUUGAAGACGGCCAGUGUCGGGAUCAGUACCAUGAAGGACGAGCAUUUCGGGAUCAAUGUGGUCGAGUUCAUGGCUGCUGGGUUGGUGACGGUGAGUCAUCGAAGCGCCGGGCCCUGGUUGGAUAUUGCCCAGCCGAGUGGAAACUAUCCGACGUCGGCGGGCGAGGGAAUUGACGGAAAGAAGGAUCAGGUCGUCGGGUUUCAUGCACAGAGCGUCGAGGAGUUCGCAAAGGUGUUGGUGCAGGUGUUUGAGAUGCAGGAGAACCAGCCGGAGGAGGUGGAGAGAAUGAGGCGGGCGGCGAGAGCGAGGGCACAGGAGGUGUUUGGCAGGGAGGCGUUUGUGCGCGCGUGGGAGGAGAGGCUGUGGAGCAAGUUGGAAGGACGGUUGCAGGAAACAGGGGAGGGCAAGGACGAGAAGAAGGUGCAGUAG